CCAACCCCUUCUCACUACUCUUUCUCACAGGUCACAAUUCAACCAAAUCCACCUUCACCUUCAAGCCUUUUUCCCUAUUCCAAUAUAAUUCUUCUACUAAUUAAAAUAGCUAUAGUAUAAUAAUUUUUUUAUGCAACAUUGGAUGUGGGGAGGAGUGAAUUAUACUUCAUCAAGUUGUUAUUGUUGUUGUUGCUGUAGAACAAGUGAUUAUGGAGAGUCCUCAAUAUUAUGCACCACCCCAAAUUAUGGAAGACUCGUCUCGCCCCUCGCUAGGAUUUCCUCUCGGAACAGCCCUUCUCUUACUUGUCAUUUUCAGCUUGAGUGGUGUCUUUUCCUGCUGUUAUCACUGGGACAAAAUCCGUUCCCUCCGCCGUCGAUCUAUGGCAGACCUAGAAACCGGCGACGAUCCUUCAUCCUUGAAAUCUAAACAAACUCACAUGAGUGAAAAGCAGAACCAAAGCCAAAGCAUGCCUGCAGUAUUAAUGCCAGGUGAUGUAGUUCCAAAAUUCAUAGCAAUGCCUUGUCCAUGUCAACCUCCCAUACCGGAAAAAGUGGUUGUAGAGGAGCAGAAGCCACCGCAGUCGCCGCCUCCAAAACCAGUUCGUAUGGUAGUGGGAUUACCUAUGUAUUAGUAAAAAAAGGGGCCGGAUUAUAUAUAGUUGAGUAUAUUUAUUGAAUUUUAUUUCAGUCAUUCUCAAAUCUUUUCAUUUGUAAAUACCAUGAGAAUUUUUCAGUUCCCUGGUUGUAUAUACUAAGGAAAAAAAGUUAUUGCUCCUUUCUUUUUAA